CCUCAGCUGCAGUGGUAAGCUCCAAAACCCUAAUUUCAUCAAAAUGACCCCAACCCUAGCUCGCUCCCUCACCACCCGCCAUCUUAAUCUCUGCGUCCUCCUCCCCAAACGCCUCCUCUCCACCAUCUCAAUAACCCAUCUUCCCUCACCUCCCACUCUUCUCUGCGGCCAAUCUUUACCCUCACUCUCUCACAAUCUCCAAUCUAUCAACAAAACCACUAACCCCGCCGCCCGUUUCACUUCCAUUCGAUGCCGGGUUAACCGAGCCGGCAACUCGGGCUACUCGCCCUUGAACUCGGGGUCAAACUUCAGUGACCGGCCACCCAAUGAGAUGGCCCCACUUUUCCCUGGUUGUGAUUAUGAGCACUGGCUUAUUGUUAUGGAUAAGCCUGGCGGUGAGGGUGCCACUAAGCAGCAAAUGAUUGAUUGUUAUAUUGAAACUUUAGCCAAAGUUGUUGGCAGUGAGGAGGAAGCAAAGACGAAGAUUUAUAAUGUUUCCUGUGAGAGGUAUUUUGGAUUUGGAUGCGAGAUUGAUGAGGAAACCUCUAACAAGCUUGAAGGUUUGCCUGGUGUUCUCUUUGUCCUCCCGGAUUCAUAUGUUGACCCCGAAUACAAAGACUAUGGUGCUGAGUUGUUCGUGAAUGGUGAGAUAGUUCAGAGGCCACCUGAAAGACAGAGAAGGGUGGAACCUCAGCCGCAGAGAGCUAAUGACAGACCAAGAUAUAAUGACAGAACCCGAUAUGUGCGACGCAGAGAAAAUAUGCGGUGAACCACUGCAUGGGGAAGCUUACUGUAUAGUUUCUGCAAUUGGGAGCUUGUCCUGCAUGGUUACUCGUGUUUCUGCUUAACAGUUGAACUAUGGAUAUUCUAUGUUAUAAUUUGUACACCUCUUGAGAUGUCUGAUGAAUGUAAAAUCUGCUGUUCUCGUAA